UUUUCAUUUUCUUAAUAUUUUUCGUAUUUAACUAAUAAAAAUAUUUUUAACAUUUUCUAUGACGCUUUCCUUUAGAACUAUAUUUAAUGUAGUUUUCAGUUCCAUACAGCUUAGUAACUUGAAAGAUAAUAAUGUAUUUGAAAAUGAAGACAGAAACUAACAUACUUCCUGCCUCUAUGACUCUCCUCACGCUAAUGGAGAAAGCAUGUGAAGCGUUGUCAUAGGUAGAGAGUUCUGCUCUGCGCCGCCUGUGGCCCAUUUCAAUAACCAAGCUAGCAAAAAAGCCUCAUUAAUGAAAACAGAAAGCUAUAAGCUUAAUCAAAGAUUUCAUAUCACUCCACUAUACUUAUGCAGGUGUCAAUCAUCAGAAUCAGGAAAAAUGUGCUCGAAAUUUGUGAUUUAUGUUUUAUAGCAAUUCUUGAUUUAAUGUGUGUGAAAUAUAUUCAUUGAUUUUAGUUUGUUUGCCUUAAGAUACUUACACAUUGGCAAUGAAUAGGGAAGAAUAAUUCAAGGCAUUAAAUGACAAAAAGUGUUUUAAAAUAGUUUAAAAGCUUAAUGUCUAUAAACUGUUUACCUGAUACAGAUCUUGUUCAUAUGGCGAAAUUUUCAUUAUGCAUUAGGAAAUCUUCAUUAUAAAUCUAGAAAUGGACAUUAUCAUUGCAAAUAUUAUUUAGAAUUUCCUUGUACUCGUGACUAGGCAUUUAAAACUUUAGUUUAAAAGUUAUUUCGGCAGUUUGUGCUAAAGUGUCUAAAUUUGCAAACAGUCUCAAGAAAUCUCUUCAUAAUGUUUAUGUGAAAAGUUUGUUACUCAUGAAAUAUGUUUUUUGAGCAAUGUUUGUCUUGCUUGAGCAGUGUUUAGAUUAACAUAAAAAUUUAUUUAGUUAGCCUGCUAAGCAACUAACAAUAGUAAUAGGUUAAGAUAACUAAAUUUUUAUAAGGCACAUUAAAUAAAGUUUUUGUCCACACUAAUUUGAGACUUUCGUAUCUCUGUGCAUAUGAUAAAAUAUUUGUUGAAAAAUCAAAUUAUCAACAUAUAAUGUGUAACUUCGUUUUGCCUUAAGUCUAUAUCAUUAAACUUUCUUCAUAUUAUUAAAUUCUUAAGGUUAGUUUUUUGUUUCACAGUAAAUCAUAUUGCAACCGAAACAUAUUUAUAUAACCAUAAUUACAGCAUUAAAAUUUAUUUUUAAUGCUACACUGAAUAAUCAAAGCAAGUUUGAUCGUUUACGAAGGAUAAAAUAUUGAUUACUUUCAAACAUUUUUAAUGAUACCCCUAUUAUGAUUUUUAAGUAUUAUUAAAAAUUUAAAUAUUUCUGUUACCUUUUCUUUAUUCUCUCCAUAUCAAUAUUAGAUAUAAAAUCAGUCUCAACAUCUUUUAGUCUUAUUCAGAAAAUCAUAUUUUUUUUAUACGAUAUAUAUUAAUUUUUAUUCAAAUUUAAUUUAAUUGUUCUGAUAAACUUAGCAUUUGAAGCAUAAGUAUAUUACAUUUCAGUGACAUUUUUGACAAUAAUUACCUACAACUUCAUGUAAAAGUUUUUUACGGAGUUUUUUACAAAAAAAUAAUGUGACUGAAUACAGUCGUGUUGAUAUUAGUGAAAAACCUUUUUCUUGUGGUAUAUGUAAUAAGAGUUUGUUUUAUUUAAAAGUGAUCUGACUAAGCAUAGUACUUUUCAUGCUCGUGUGAAGCUUCAUUCUUGUAGUAUAUGUAACAAGAAUUUUUCAUAUAUUAAUCACAUGAUGAAGCACAGUAGUGUUCACACAGAGGAGAAACCUUUUUCUUGUAGUAUAUGUGACAAGAGUUUUUCUCAAAAAAGGUAUCUAACUGAUCACAGUCGUGUUCACAGUGGUGAGAAACCUUAUUCUUGUAGUUUAUGUGAUAAGAGUUUUUCUCAAAAAAGGUAUCUAACUGAUCACAGUCGUGUUCACAGUGGUGAGAAACCUUAUUCUUGUAGCAUAUGUAAUAAGAGUUUUUCAAACAGAAGUAAUCUGUUUGAACACAAUCGUGUUCACACUGGUGAGAAACCUUAUUCUUGUAGUAUAUGUAAUAAGAGUUUUUCAUGCAGAAGUAGUCUUACUCAACACAGUUAUGUUCAUACUGGUGAGAAACCUUUUUCAUGUAGUAUGUGUAACAAGAGGUUUUUACAUCGAAGUCAUCUGAAUAGACACUUUCUUGUUCAUACUGGUGAGAAACCUUAUUCAUGUAGUAUAUGUAAUACGAGUUUCUCGCAUCAAAGUUAUCUAAAAAGACACUUUCGUGUUCACACUGGUGAGAAACCAUAUCUGUGUAGCUUAUGUAAUAAGAGUUUUUCAUACAACAGUAGUCUGACUGAGCACUUUCGUGUUCAUACUAGAGAGAAGCGUUAUUCUUGUUGUAUAUGUAGUAAGAAUUUUUCACGCAACAGUAAUCUGAUAAGACACAGCAUUGUUCAUACUUGUGAAAAACCUGAUUCUUGUAGUUAAUUCUUAGUCCUGUAUUCAUCGUUGACAGUUACCUAACACGAAGCACCCAGUAACAGAACCCUGGUUUGGAGGUAAUGAUUUAUUUUUGGACUGGGGGUUUCACAACUCGCUGUUAACUUGCAUUCCGGUGGUAGAUUUACAGCCUUAUUAGCAGUUUGUUAAGUUUCAUUGCUAUUUUUGAAACAAAUUUUCUAUAUAAGAAUAAAAUAAAAGAUUGCAUUGAGUAACUAAA